AUGAUGAUUGCAUCUGAUCAAAAAGUUCCGCAUCGUGGAUUUAAUCCGAAAGCUCGUGAAGUACUUCUGGGAGAGUAUCAACUUCCGCUUGAUUACAGUAAGUCACCAAAUGUUAUCAUCAAAAUAAUUAUAUAGCGAAAUGCCAGAAAAGCCAAAAAAAUUAUAGAUCAACUCAAGUCACCUUUUCAUUUUCAUAUUUCACUCAAUUUCAAAUUUCCGUCCCCCGCAUAUCUAUUAUGUUUAUAGACAUAAUUACCGGUUAUUGAUAGAAAAAUAAUAUAAUUAUUGUUAUUAUUUUUCUCUUCUCGUUUCUUUCUUGUUGUUUCUCGGUUCAAAGAACCCAAGAGAUUCAGUUUUCUCAUUAAAUAACACCUUUUUUUCUCUUGAAAAAAAUAGAACUCCUAAUUAGCCAGCCUACUUCUUUCUGUCUAACUAUCUUUGUACACCUAUCACUUUCUUGAGUUUUCGAGAGAGCUAAAUAUUUGAUAUAAAUAUCAGUUUGAUAAUGCCAGAUAAAAGUAUCAGCGAAGUUGAUUUGCCAAAAAAACUGAUGGAGACCUUCAAGAUGAAAAGUGUCAAUGGUUCGCCAAAGUCAAGAUCAUCCACACAAUCGAUUCCGGAUAAACGUGAGUUUCCAGAAAUUAUUAUUAACUUAUAUUUAAAUUGGAAAAUAUAGUUUUUGGAUUAAAAAAUCAAACACAAAUAAGUUUUCAGUCCACAAUUAGAAAACAAUUAGAAACCAUUGAACUGAAUAGUUUUGUUGUUUUUUGUUUGACAAUUGAAACAUAAACUCAUGUUCAAAAAUAAGUUUUGUAUUUUCAUAAUUGCACGUUCUGUUCAGAUCAAGUGUUAUUUAGCUAGGUUAAAACAUUUUCUAAAUGUUGAAGUUCAGAAAGUUUCGAUGCAAUCGGAAGCAAACCACGUGGAAAACUCUGCCUUUCCGAUAUUGGAAAAGCUCAAUCAGUUGCCGAAUUCAAAAUGGAGAAACGACUUCUUCGAACUUUUCAAGAUGAUAAUGUUAUCAGAAUGCCAAGGUGAUAUUUAUUUUUUGUUCUAAAAAUAUAUAAACCUGAUGUAUGAAAAACAAACAUAUUAUUACUUUUCAGCAUUGAUUCGGACAAUGGCCCACCAACUGAUAUUGGUGAUUUAUGCAUGAGUUUUGAAGGAAUUGGAAAAUCAAUGAUAUACUCUCAACCGGAAACUAAAGGAGCAAGUUCGUCAAAAAAUGAACCUGCUAAAAAACGCAGUGCGUCUGUCCCAAAAAAGAAACUCUAA